AUGUCCCCUAAACAGCAAGACUACCACCCGCUGCGACGCAGCUCGACCGACGAGGCCUCCGAAACUGAGAAUGAGAACGGGACUAAGCCAGGGACGAACAAUCUGGACCCCCCACGAGCCGCAAGCCCGAAUCCGACGAGGCCACACCGAACCCCAAGGGCCAUCUUCCUCACUGCCCUCUCAUUCGCAGCCCUCCUCCUUUCCUGCUCCAACAUCACUUUCCUCGUCCACUGGCUGAGGACCAAUCUCCACCGGACCAUCCCCCUCCCAAUCCAAGAACACAGCCCAUCCGUCAGCGACAACGUCAGCGACAACGUCAGCGCCGUCGCGCACCUCUGGGAGGACGAGCUAAGCGGCGACCCGGGCGUGGUGGCGCUGGAGAACGAUUUCGUCCGGGAGAAGCAUCUCCCCGAGGCGAUGCCGUUCCCCUGGGAUCCGUCCAAGAGCGUGUAUCUGCUCCAGGGAUAUCAUAAUCUCCAUUGUCUGCGGACGCUCUUCCGCUACGCCUGGACGGCGGACCGUGGCCUCCUGCAACGGAUCGCGUUCAGCCACGUCUUGCACUGCCUGGACCAGCUGCGGCAGGAUGUGAUCUGCAACGCCGACGACACCCCGCGGUACGCGGGCCACCCGCGGCCCGGGGAUCCGCCGGGGACGGGGGCGGGGCAGGUCCGUCUGUGUCGCGACUGGGCGCAGCUGGAGCGCUGGGCCCGCGAGCGCACCGCCUGCUUCAAGCAUGAGGAUGAGGUCCCCGGGCGGCUGCAGUGUUAUUGCAAUGAAGUCCUACAGUCAGGCUAUAUUCUAGAGUGA